AUGAACGCCAUCUUCCGUCGCGCCUACACCACCAAGAGUCUUAUCCCUCCCAACGUGGCCGCUGCUACCAAGCUCUCGGGAUCGGCCAAGGACGCUCAGAUCAACCAAUUGGUCGAUUUCUACAAGAAAUUGCCCAAGGGUACUGUUGAAGCCUCCAAGCCCUCCGGACCUUGGGCUCGCUACAAGGCUCGCUACAUUGAUGGCGACAAUGCUUCCAUCACUCCCUUGCUUCACGCCGUCUUUGGUAUUUUCGUCAUCGGCUACACCAUUGAUUACAACUUCCACUUGAAGCAUCACAAGAACGUCGAACAUCACUAA